AUGUCAACAUUGCUGCCAUCCUCUGUCAUGCAGGGAAUGUUGCCCAAUCUCGCCUCAUUUCUGGGGAACAUGCAGACCCAAUUCAUGUCACUGCAACAACGCACCAAUAAACUUGAAUCUCUUGCUGCGACUAAUGCUCGAUUAACUGCUCAAUUAGUUAAUGCAGAAAAGCUAAUUGCUGAUCUCAGAUCUCAAUUAGCAUCUCAGGGCAAUUGCCCAAUUGCAACAAAUGCACUAACAUCAUCUGCACCAACCACACCCAAGGAGCCUGGGACUGAGGCUUCUACAUGGGCUACCACUGCUGCUGCUACUCACAACUCUGUUGUUGUUUCUACUGAUCUUUCUGUUUGCAAGACUCCAAGACCUCCUUCUGUUCGCUGGGUUGCUGCUUCUGCUAGAAUGUUUGCCAUUCCCACUGGUCCCAAAGGAUAUCAAUAUGUGUAUAUUCUACGUUCGCACUGUCUCACACAUAGAGAAGUUCGCAACUCUUUGAAAGCACUUGGUGUUGAUACUGGCCGCAUCUUGGAUAUCAAUUUUCCUGCCAAGAAUGUAGUUGGCAUCCUAGUUCACAACCAGUAUGCUGAGAAAUUCCAGGCCACUCUGACCACAGUUGCCAUUGAGAUCUUAGACACGUUUGACCCUUUGGAUCCCAAAAACAUUGCAGAUCCCAAAUAUAAGUCUCUUUUUGAUUCAGAGCUAGAAGAAGUUGCUGCUGAACUUCAUUCUGAUCAUUGUCUGAAGGCUCUCAAGUACCUUCGUCCUCAUAUUGCUGUUCCUGUUAGCUAUUUCUUUUGUUACCAAGGCUGGAUCUCUAAGGAAGAUAUUCCUGUUCAUUCUGAUUCUGGUCCUGGUGCUGGACUUUGGAAUGCUAAUGGUCUACAGCCUCAUGCAAUCUAUGAUGUUCUUCAACACUGUCACUCUUUACAUAUGCUUUUUAUUACUGAAACAUGGUUUCUCCCUCCAUCUCGUCUCCCCACUUCUUGGUCCCAGAUUCAUCUUUAUGGUUCACCUGUAGCUGGCAACUACAGAGGUUUUAUGGGUGUCUCUGUGCUUAUUUCUCCAUCCUGUCCUUAUCCUGUCACUCAGAUUCCUAUGUCAUCUAACUAUGCUUUGGCUGUCAAGAUUGGUUUGCUCAGAAUUGUCUGCCUGUACUUGCUACCCACUAUGUCCACCCAUUAUGCCCUUGCAGUUCUCUCUUCCAUUCCUUUGACCAAUGAUACUAUUAUAUGCGGUGAUCUUAAUUCACGUUUGGGUUCACUUACUGGUGACUAUGCUACUAACUCUCGAGGUCUUGCUCCUUGUCAAUGGCUAGAGGAACGUGCUCUUACUGUUGUCAACGGCCAGCUCUCACUCUACACACCCACAUUCAUUUCAUUCCACCAAAAUAUGGAGAUAAACAGUAUCAUUGAUCUGUUUAUCACUAAUAUGUCCCUCAAAAAUGCCACUCUCAACAUUCAUACCAACCUCUCACUCAACUCUGACCACUGUCUGCUUUCACUUUCAUUUACAUAUGCCAUCAAUUCGACAUCACAUGCACCACCACCAUCUCGCAAAACAUGGAACCUCUCACGUCUUCAAGAACCUGAUGUUCUCAAACUAUAUGCCCACACAUUUGUCACUAAUUCUGCCAACCUCAAAUCCACUUUGCAAUCGACUUUAGAACACUCUCCUUCCUCCCGUCCACCAAUUGAUACACUAACAGAUGAACUAAACUCACUCAUUUAUAAUUCUCUUACUAGCUCAAUUGGCAACCGUUCUCCCCGUCCUUCCCACUGGAAAAAAUUCUGGACCUCAUCACUUCAAGCAGCUGCAGAGCAUUGUGAUUUAUGUUAUAAGAAAUGGCGGCAUGCAUGUGGCAUUGACAGAAUUCAUUGGUGGGAUAAACAUCUCAAAGCUCAGAUUGACCUUCGAUACCAAGUGCAAUUAGCAAAGCAUCAAUCAUGGCAUUCUUUUUGCAGAUCAAUGGAACGAGACUUCUCUAAGGCCACCUCCAAAAUCAAGAAGCUCAAAUGCCAAUGCCAACCUCAGCAUGUAUCUCAGCACAGUGAUAGAUCAGCAGCAGCAGCAACAAUUAUGUGUGACCAUCUUGCAUCUGUGUACAGUGGGAGUAUCCUCCCAGAUCAGCGUCCUCCUCCUCCUCUUCACAGUACCAGUCUGCCUUUUGCCUCUGCCAACUCGCCAUUUGUUUCUUCAGUGGUAGAGGGAUGCAUGCAAUUUAUGCCUAACUGCAAGGCACCAGGUCUAGAUCACAUCAGAGCAGAAAUGUUUAAAUUUAAGUACGGCCUUGCAAUCUCUGUUCUGCGCAAAAAAGAUCAUAUACUUCUAGAAGGUAUACAGAAUAAAUGUCUUCGAAUGAUUGUUGGUGGCCAUGCUACCUCCUCAACUGCAGUUCUCAAGCACAUCAGUAAUCUGCCAAGUAUGCAAUUCCAGUCUGAUGUUCUGAUUACCAAAUUCUGUCUUCGUGCAAGAUCUCUACCUUCAAAUUGUCUGCUUUCUCUGAUUUUUCAACACCACCCUCAAGCCUCUUCUAUUCCAUCUCUUUGCAAGAACUUUCUCCUUUGCAAUAUACCUGCCACUAUCAAUAUCACAACAUGCCACCCUCUUCUGGAAGUUGAUCCAAUUUUGUUUCUGCCUGCCACACGUACAGAACGUGGCCGUCUAGUUCAUUGGCGAAUGGGUUGGUUGCCUGGUAAGCCAAAGGAGUAUGCAUGUGGCUCUGAUCAUACUUCAAGACGUCAUCUUCAAUCCUACAUCACCAUCCCUUCUCAGUUGUUUUCUCAACUUCCAGCACCUCUCACAGAUGAAGACAACAUCAUUGACUUUGCUAUAUCAGCACUACUAAUUUCAUCUACAAAUCCCAGCCCCAUAUAUUGA